UCUCCUCCUACUGGAGAGUGCCACACCCUUUGCGAGUGCUCUGCCUUCUGCAAAUGAUGUGCACACAAAGCCUGUCAAAAAACCUGUCAAAAAACCUGUAAGUUCACCUUCAUGGAGUGAUGUUACGUGGAACUCUACUAGUGAUGAUUUCACUCCUCCACAGAAACGAAAAUAUGCAGAUACAACACCCAAGAAUUCAACACCAUACAGUAGUAAGGAAUCAACUCCUCUCAGGAAACGAAGCUGCAACAGUAGUUUGUUUCAGAAAUUUUGUGAUUCUCCGUGUGUUUCUCCAAUCUGUAAGUCACGGCCAUUGACAUAUCCAUGUGGAAUAGAAGCGCCAUUUCCUUUAGCGAAAGAACACAGCACAUACUUGUCUAAAACUGACAAGCAGACAUUUUGUAAGAACUACAAAACAUACAAAAUCUUAAUUGAUACAAUUUAUAAUGUGAUAUUCUGUGCCAUCAAAAGAAAACCAACCAAGACGGAGCGAGAUUUGAUUGCAAUUAAUCUUUGCAGGAAGUAUCCUGUACUAUCCUGUAAUGAUGACAAUGCUCACAGUGCGCUUAGUUAUGCGAUAAGGAAGAAGUGCAACAAUCACCACAAGAGAAAAGUAGAGAAGAUGAAGGGGAAAGAUGAUGAGAUGAGAGAGGAGGCUGUACUUUCCUGCGAUGAAAACGUUUCUCACAAUGUGCCAAGUUCCAUCAAGGUGACAAAGAGUUGCCAUUCCAGAAAAGUAUCAGAGCUGCAGGGGAAAGAUGGUGAGAUGAGAGAGGAGGCUGUACUUUCCUGCGAUGAAAACGUUUCUCACAAUGUGCCAAGUUCCAUCAAGGUGACAAAGAGUUGCCAUUCCAGAAAAGUAUCAGAGCUGCAGGGGAAAGAUGGUGAGAUGAGAGAGGAGGCUGUACUUUCCUGUGAUGACAACGUUUCUCACAAUGUGCCAAGUUCCAUCAAGGUGACAAAUCGCCGCCGUUCAAGAAAGAUAGCAGGGCUGCAGGAGACUGAUGAUGAUGAGAUGAGAGAUGAGGAUGAAGGUACAUGUACUGAUGACCAAGAUAUCGAUGAUACACCAAGUCAAAAACGCCACAACAUAGCUCUGCAAACUGAACUAAAGAAGAAAACUCCAAACAGCAAAAGUGUAGACGUAUUAUUCCAGAAGGGGUCAAAAGAUAGAAUUGAGUGGAUACACAAACUAAACGGAGGAACACGUGCCAAAGAUGUCCUGGUGGUUUACCCCUGUUAUAGCAAGGCUAGUGUUGUAAGUAAUUUGCAAUUUAACAGUUGUUUGCUAAUUAACACUACUAGUACUAGUGUAUUAUAAAUCUUUUCAACAUUUGUCUUCACACUUCACAGGGCAUCUAAAACCAGUAUAAAAUGUGCCGCUCUGAUUACAGCUGGGUGAUGUAUGCAUCACCCUAACAUUGCUUACGACACUCACCGAAGGGGGGGGGGAUGGGGAUCUCCCUUUUAAAUUGUGCGAUACAACAACAAAAAUAACAAUUCAGUAUGAACUUGCCAUCUUUCCAGUAGUCCAAAUGGCUAUCCACCGUUAAGUAAAUUUUUCCCAUUUGAAUAAAAUUUUCUCAUUUUUUUUCAGUGCCUUCGGCAGCUAGAAUUGAUGCUAUGCCAACCAGGGCUGGUUGAUUUUGUUGAUGGCAACUGGAAGCAGUUGAAAAAAGUGUUGGCCAAGCUGAUUCAGAUGAUGGAAGUGUUCUCCAGAUGUUGGUGACACAUCUUGCUGGACCGAAG